AUGCGUAUGUUGGUUUACCUACAUCUACUACAAGACAACAGAACCAUCUUUAGUGCAUUCUCGGAGUUAGCCAAGCUAACGCGCUUCGUCGCGUACUGCUUUCGGUUUCGGCACAACUGCAAGCUUCCGAAAAAUCAACGCGUGUUGUCCCCGCUGUCGCCUCAAGUAGUGAACUGUGUGCUGAAAUCAUUAGUUCGCCUCGCCCAACGCCAGGAAUUCCCAACAGAAGUUCAACUGCACAGUCGAAAGCAGACCGAGAACACAACACUUCACGGUGGACCGUCGCUGGUGCUCUCUACCAUCCGUCAACGAUUCUGGCCACUCCGGGGUCGUGAGUUGGCUCGUAAAGUUUUCCGACGAUGCGUCACCUGCUUCUGGUGCAAUCCUACAACAGGAAAUCAGAUUAUGUCACCUUAUCCGUCGUUUCGCCUCAGGCCAGCUCGAGCUUUUACGUACUCGGGGAUGGAUUACUGUGGGCCGUUUCUCAUUCGUCCGUUAAUUGGGAAAGGCUCGUCCGUUAAGUUGUACGUCGCAUUGCACGUCUGCAUGGUGGUGAAGGCCGUGCAUCUCGAGGUCGUCGCUGAUCUGUCGUCCGCCGCGUGCAUAAACGCCGUCAAACGCUUCGUUGCAAAACGCGGUCGGGUUCUUCAGUUGCACUGUGACAAUGCAUCCGCUUUCGUCGGAGCAGAUCGUGAGCUGCGUCAGCUGCGGAAAGAAUAUCUGCGGCAGUUCCAGUCGGCGGAAUGGGGUCUCUACUGUGCGGACAAUGGCAUCACCUUCCGGUUCAUUCCAGCCCGCUCUCCACAUUUCGGAGGCAUCAGGGAAGCCGGAGUGAAAUCGUUUAAGUACCAUUUUCGUCGCGUCAUGGGACAAAAGGCUUUCACAAUGGACCAGUUCCUAACGGUUGUUGCUCAAGAUAUGCAACGCUCGGUCCAAGAUCUUUGGCGUUGUUGGUCGCGGGACUACGUUAGCCAGUUCCACCAGCGCAGCAAGUGGAGGCACUCGGCAGUGGACGUCCGCAAGGGUCAAUUGGUGCUGUUGAAGCUAGACAACUACCCUCCACUACAAUGGCCUCUCGGACGCAUCAUCGAAACUAUCCCCGGUUCGGACGGGCGAGUCCGAGUCGUGGUAGUCAGGACGGCUUCGAAGGAUUUCAAGCGAGCGGUCACGGAGAUUACGGUCCUUCCAAUCGAUUCCGACGACGAGCCAAACUCGCACAACAACCAUCAGUCACUACAAACAGCACAAACGACACACCUGGACAUCAGCAUGGGCAUCGAAAGUUCGCAACCAACGAAGCAGGUCGGAGAUCAAGAUGUCACCAUCAUCGAGACGCAGGAGGUACACUCUGGAAUAUUAGAGGACCACCAGGCCAUAAAAGCAGCCAGGGCAGCCGCUGCCAUCAGCCAAGUGUAA